GAGGGUUCAACGAAAAAGAAGAUUCUUACAACCAACAGUUUCGCUUCGGUACCAUUCACGUGCCGAUUAACGAUUGUGUGUAUGUGUUUUUUGUUUUUUGUUUUUUGUUUUUUAUUUCUUCGCUCGCGACUCCUUGGCGAGGAAAUUUCGCGUGGUUAAUUGCAAUAUCAUUGGGGUGUUAGUCGGGGCAUUUGGAUUUUUCAAAUUAUCCCAAAUCUGACAAUACGCGAUGACCCGUAAAGUGCAAUGAUCGUGUUUAAAAGCCGUUCAAGUGUAUGAGACAGAAAAUAAAUAAAUCGCCACUAUGAGGUGCAUCGUUAUUCUCAUUUUCUUCAUUAUUACGCAGUGUGCAUCCAGUCCUCGCAGCUCACUUUCUGACUCCUUUCAAUGUGUAAAUCCUCGACUGAUAAACGGAAGAAUUCGAGUGAGAGGACGAGGGAAGAUCAUCAGGUACAGCUGCUAUGCUCAAUACGAGCUCGUUGGUAAUAAAUAUUCGACUUGCAUCAGAGGCUCCUGGGAUACACCAACUCCCAUUUGUGUCAGCACCCGCUGUCCCCCAAUUCCAGUGCCGAAGCACGCGGUCGUCGGCGAGAAGUACCGGGGUGCCAUAUUGAUGUACUUGUGCGAGCCCGGCUAUGUCCGAGUGGGCAACGCCGAAAUUUACUGCGACGGCCGUCAGUGGAACGGCACGGCGCCCUAUUGCCGUGAUUCAAAUGCUGUCGCGCCGACUUCCUGCGAUUUCGAAAAAGAGGGUCUCUGCUGGUGGGAACAGGAUCCGAAACACGACUUCGACUGGAUUCGACAUCGCUUCGAGACGCCAAGCUCGCACAUUGGGACGGGUCCGACCUACGACCACACGCUGGGAUUUGGAAAAGAUGGAUAUUAUUUGUACAUCGAAGCAUCCGGACGCUUAGUGAACGAUACGGCGAGAAUAUUAUCGCCUCUUUAUAGAGCCAACCUCACGGAUUCGGGAUGCUUUUCCUUCUGGUAUCAUAUGUACGGCGCAACGAUAGGAAGCCUUAAUGUCUAUUUUAAAUCGGAGAUGGAGAAGAUUCCGAAGCUCGUGUGGUCGAAGCAUGGAAAUCAGGGGAACCAGUGGCUUCACGGCCUAUUCGAAUUGCCCGCCGUAAACAAUAGCUUUCAGAUAAUUAUUGAAGGGGUGCGUGGCUCAAGAUACGUAAGCGACAUUGCCGUGGAUGAUGUCGCCAUUUUGCAAGGAGACGAAUGCGACGUUAAGAAUGUUACGAUCAACGUAACCAACGUACCUCCCAAUGCCGAUGAAGUAGAAGCGUUCAAUGGAAUGCAGAGUUGUCGAGACCGUUGUGUUAAUUCACUUACAGAAUCCUCUCAGAUGUACGAAAUUUAUUCGAGUCCAGACAUAUGCGAAUGCACAUUGGAUUGCGCUGACAAUUCAUCAUGCUGCCCGGAUUACGCCGAAUAUUGUAUUUAUGAUGUUUCGGAACCCACGGAGACCAAUAUUUCGGUAUCGAAAGAUUCAUCUACACCGGCAGUCAUCCCUUCAUGGACGCAAAAAGCAAUGACAAUCGCCGAAACAACUAAACAGGAGGAUAAUACAACUAAUUCUAAAAUGCCAACAAAUAUUGUAACUGAAAUUACAACUAUUAAAACAAGGCGCGGAACAAAUGCCGAAACAAGAGCAACUAGUAGAGCAUCGACGAGAACAUCUACAAGCUCAUCGACAACGGCGGUUAACAUAGAAACUCCGUUUUUCAUUCCCAUACACGAAACAACACUAUCAAGCGGCAAUGCACACACGCAAACUGCCCCCGGUAGCCUGCACCGAAUGGCUUCGUGUUUACAUGCGGCGAAACGAUCAAUUUAUCCACGUGACAUUUACAGAUCGAGGUGGAUUCAAAAGCAGUCGAAUCGUCGCUACGUAACGACAAAUCAUUAUCUUGGCACAAGUUAUUUUGACAGUCAAAGGCUCGGUAUUAAUAUACAAAAUAAACAAUUAACUAUUAUUUCAGCGGCACACGUGAUUAUUCAGGACACUAGGCAACUGGAGCCGACCGGGGCCCUUAGCUUUCCUGGAAUCAUUGGUAUUGUUAUUGGAAUAUUGACGGGAGUGACAAUAGCUACGAUCGUGGCGCUUGUCAUUCUUCGUAAGCGAGGCUCUUAUAAAAGAGGCUCUAGUGGAUCGGCAUUUUCCGAGGACAGUGACGUGCGGUUUCUUACCUCCGAUGAGAUGCUAGAUUUUAACCUCGCGAAGCCCGCUGGCGAAUUUGAAGAGCUGUAAAUAUUAAAUCUACUCAGUUGGCUGCUAAAUUAUAUGGUAUCCAUUAAAUAGCUUAUCGCCACUUUCCUUUAACGCCGCAAUUCCCAAAGGUAAAUAAUUGUCACGAUAUCACAAUCAUGUAAAUAACUUUUAUUCUAGUUGGGCAAAAGGAAAAGAUAAGGUACAAAAUAAUCAUAAUAAAAAUGCUCCUAUUGUAAUAAGGCAACGUGAAAUUCAUUGUAGCUCAGUAUUGUACGCAAUUCGCAUUAUAUACGAAUAAAAGGGACAGUUUUAAUAGAAAUACAAAAAC